AUGGUAACGACACUUCGAUGGCUCGUCUACGGGCUUCUGAGCUUUUCAAGCUUGAUCGCCUUUACUUCCGCGCAAUACGCCUUUACUACUCCGGACCCAACACUGUUUGACUUUGACGGGACGAAUGAUAUAACUCAAGAUGACGUCGUGGAAUUCGCCUGGGUCUUGAACUCUACAUUGCAAGAGACUGUAUCAGGAGACCCAAUAAUCGAUAGUGAUGGCAAUAUAUCUCUCUGGCUCACGAGCUUCCACGGCUUCGCAUUCACAAGAUGCCUAGCUACAAGCGUCAACUCCGAGGGCGGCGGAACCUGGGCUUGGAGAGUUAGCUUGACAGAUGAGGAAAUCGACGAGGGCGGCGGGCAAUUCGUCUAUCGUCUCAUGCCACCCGUUGCGUCCAAGGAUCAGCCGUACGAUGACGAUGCAGCAGAGGCUCCGUCGCGUGGGUUUAGAAUUCUCAAGCAAUCCGAUCCCUCCCCUACUACCUCUACACCUGCGCCUACUUCAUUGCCGCCGACAAGUGCCGCUCCUAGCACGACCCCGACGGAUGCAACCAGCGAUAAUAGCAACAACGACAACAACGACAGCAACAGUGGGGGGCUGUCGCCCGGUGCAAAGGGCGGUAUUGGUGCAGGCGUAGCAGUGGGAGGCAUCAUCUUGAUCGGAGGGGCGUACCUCCUUUGGAGACAUUACAGAGGACGGCCACAGCAUCUAGCACCGGCACCGGUGGCACAACCACUACCACUGCCGCAAACAGCUGGAAUGGGUGCUUUCCCUGCUCCUCCAUCUGAGCUCUCUGCUCUGCCGUCAGAGCUUGACUCGGGAGACAGCAACAGGCCCAUAGCUGAGCUUGGGGCUGGUGAGAAGCGGGUGUGA